AAAGAAAACAGAAUCAGGAUGGUGAUUCCUUCUGUCUUGCUAAACUUCUUGUUUCCUUCACCAUCUUCAUGGUUUGUCACCGCGAUGUUGGUCGUAAAUCUGUCGGCGUUGACAGACGCCGCGUACAUGGAAAUCAAAGGGAAGCAUCUGCGCUAUUCCAAGUUCUUGAACGCCGGUGGUGUCGCCAAGAAACAAGACAUGAAGUUGUCUAGUAGAAACGGGAUGCUUUUAUUCUACACGCCCGCGUUUCUCGUGGGCGUCGCUUCUUUCUUCGUUGUUCCGUAUCAAGACCUUAGAUUCGUGUUGCUUGCUUCUGCUCUCACUCUUCAUUUCUUCAAAAGGGUACUCGAGGUCUUAUUUCUUCACAAAUACAGUGGUUCCAUGGCCCUGGAAUCGCCGAUAAUCAUCACAAUGAGUUAUACCUCCUCCACUGCAACAAUGAUUUAUGCUCAAUUUCUAUCCCGAGAUGUCCCCGAGCCUACGGUGGAUCUCAAAUACGUUGGAAUUGGAUUGUUUUUUAUCGGAACAAUUGGAAACUUCUACCAUCAUUGCCUUCUUGCUAAUCUAAGGAAUAAAGGGGACAAAGAGUACAAAAUCCCUCAAGGAGGGUUGUUUGGUUUGGUAAUAUGCCCACACUAUCUGUUCGAGAUUCUUGCAUAUGCAGGAAUCUCGAGCAUUUCACAAACACCGUAUGCGUUUGCUUUCACUUUGGGUACCAUCUUUUACUUGAUCGGGCGGAGUUAUGGCACACGGGGGUGGUACCUAUCGAAGUUCGGGGACAAAUUCCCUAAGGACGUCAAGGCUCUUAUUCCGUACGUUUUUUAGAUGGUCGUUGCGACAAUAGAAAACUCAAUGUCCCAAUUGAGGACACAUGUAGAUAUUUAUAAAUCGUUACAACAUUUAGUUUCAUUCGGGGAAAAUAAAAUAUUUGCAGUUUGAUCGUUA